UUCACAAAUCCCCAUUCCCUUUCCCCCACGCCCAUUCAUGGCCUAGCUGGCUACCUGGAGUCUGUGCGCUCACACUAAGGGGAAUUUAUCUUCAACGCGCCGCAGACUGAACUCAACCAUUCAUCCUGUCCCCAUUUCAUCCCCUCAGUUGCGGCUCGACAUAGCUCAACAAUCGCAUUAGUCCCCAUCAUCUAGCAGCUAUUGCUGCGGACAGCCCAUGGUAAUCAUGGCUGCUGCUACAAUUGAGCUACCGUUUCUUUCUUCCCACUACGCUGUGGCUGAGUCGACGCUGAGCACCCUCGCCCAAGCUCCCACGAUCGAGCUAGUCACUCAGCUCUUCGAAGCCAUUACCAAGAAGGCACGCGAACACGAUGAGCUCAAAUCCGACAAGAUACGUCUCGAGGUGGAGCUGGAUAACGCCGUUCGCUCUAGCGACAGCAAAAUCAAGGUCCUGAAGAGCUCGGUCGAGAAGGGUCAUGCUGAAGUCGAAGAGACGAGGAAGAAACUCCACGAGUCCGAAAAUGCUCGAUCGUCUCUGGAAUCCGAGAUUUCCUCACUCAAGUCGUCCUCUACGUCCAGCGAGUCCGAAGUAAGCUCACUAAAGUCUCGCAUCGCCUCACUCGAAGCUUCCAACCGGGACACCCUAUCUCUUCUCGAAUCUAAAUCCGCGGCCUAUGACAAACUUGCCGAGGAACUUUCUACGCAGCACAAGAAAACCAUCGAACUGAGACGCGAAUUGUCCACCGCCGAGCAGAACCUCCAAGCCGCAAAUUCUGCAUCCGCCAGCGCCAAGUUCCGCGAGCAGAGCCUCCAGCAGGAUUUGGAUCUAACAAAGAAGAACAACGAGUGGUUCGAGACGGAGUUGAAAACGAAGUCCGCCGAAUACCUGAAAUUCCGCAAGGAGAAGAGCGCCCGGAUUUCGGAGCUCCAACGUGAAAACGAGGAGAUCAGUGCAACCGUUGACUCUUUGAGGCGCAGCGAGAAUGCUCUUAAAAGCCGUCUGGACGAGGUGGAACAGCGAUACGAAGAAGCGCUCUCCAGCAUCCAGCAGCUCAGAGAAGAGGCCAUACAAUCGGCGGAGGCGUUCAGGAUCGAAUUGGACAGCGCCAACAGACUGGCCCAAUUGCAGUCGAAUUCUGCGGAAACGUCCAAGAAACGUGCCAAGGAAUGCCAACUGGCCCUGGAUAAGGCAAGAGAGGAUGCCGCGGAGGAAAUCUCCCGGCUUCGUGUGGAAGUCGAGACGGAACAUGUCGAUAAAGAAGCCGCUGAGCGUCGCGUCGCGGAGCUUGAGCUCACGGUCAGCCAACUUGAAUCCGACGGUUUUGCCGGACGGAGAUCUAUGAGUCCCGCUCUCAAUGGCGGAGGACCAAGUACCCCGAUGCGUUCUAGUACCCCCGUGGGCGCAUUUUCACCCAGAGCGUCGCGCGGCAAGGGCGGACUUACUCUUACACAGAUGUACACCGAGUACGAUAAAAUGAGGACAUCGCUGGCGGUGGAACAGAAAACAAACCAGGAACUUCGAUCAACCCUGGACGAGAUGGUUCAAGAUCUUGAGGCUAGUAAGCCCGAGAUUGACGAACUUCGUGCGGAUCACGCCAGACUUGAAAACGCUGUCGUCGAGAUGUCGAACAUCUUGGAAACCGCCGGAAAGGAACGCGAUGAUGCUACCAAGGAGGCAAGGAAAUGGCAAGGCCAGGUGGAGGGAUUGGCCCGGGAGGGAGACAUCUUACGUCAACAAUUAAGGGAUCUAAGCUCACAGAUCAAGGUUUUGGUCCUGGAGAACGCUAUUCUGAAGGAAGGCGAGGGCACCUACGAUCGGGAGGAACUCGAAAAGAUUGCGCGCAAGGAGAUUGAUGACUCUUCUGCGGAUCUCAACCCAACUGGACGGUUCAUUAGUCGCAACCUGAUGACGUUCAAGGAUCUUCAUGAGCUUCAAGAGCAGAAUGUGACUCUCCGACGUAUGCUGAGAGAGCUUGGAGAUAAGAUGGAGGGUGCUGAAGCCCGCGAGCAGGAUGCCCUUCGUCAACAAGAGCAGGAAGAGUUGAAGGACCUGAGAAUCCGGGUGCAGACGUACCGGGAUGAGAUUGCCAAUCUGGUUGCUCAGACCAAGAGCUAUGUCAAGGAGAGGGACACCUUCCGGAGCAUGCUGACCCGUCGUCGUCAAACUGUCGGCGAUGCUUCCGUCUUCUCUCAGUCCCUUCCUCUGGGCGCGGCUCCUCCAGUUGCCUCGGACGAGCAGGCGAAGGAUUCCCCCGACUACGCUGACUUACUACGCAAGGUGCAGGCACACUUCGAUAGCUUCCGCGAGGAGUCUGCCACCGACCACUCGGCCCUGAAACAACAAGUCAACGAUCUUUCCCGGAAGAACAGUGAAUUGAUGAGCGAGAUUAGCCGUUCCAGCAGCCAGCUGGGUGCCGCCACUCAGAGAGCUGAGCUUCUUCAGAGCAACUUCAGUAUGCUCAAGAGCGAAAAUGCAGAGCUGCAGAAACGGUACGCCACGCUUUUCGAGAACGCUAACCGCCAAGAUAUCAAGACCCAGCAAGCUGCCGAAGACUUGGUAGAGAUGAAGGGUCUCGUCGAGAGCCUUCAGCGAGAGAACGCAAACCUCAAAGCUGAGAAGGAUCUCUGGAAGAACAUUGAAAAGAGACUCAUUGAAGACAACGAGACUUUGCGGAACGAGAGAGGCCGCCUUGACUCUCUCAACGCAAACCUCCAGACCAUUCUUAACGAGCGGGAGCAUACGGACGCUGAGAGUCGUCGUCGGCUGCAGGGCAGCGUGGAGUCUCUCGAAUCGGAGCUCCAAUCCACCAAGCGGAAGUUGAACGAUGAGGUAGAGGAGGGGAAGAAGGCAGCGCUGCGCAGGGAAUACGAGCAUGAGCAAAGCCAAAAGCGAAUUGACGACUUGGUCACGAGCUUGGGCUCAGCUCGGGAAGAGCUGGUCGCCGCGAAGACGACGAGAGAUCACUUGCAGUCGAGGGUCGACGAGCUUACUGUCGAGCUGCGGAGCGCUGAAGAACGUCUCCAGGUCCUGCAGUCUAAGCCGAGCGUCUCCGCUGCCCCUGCUGAAGCGCCUGCGACUUCGGAGGAAGGCCAGGAGACUGGAUUGACGCGCGAGCAGGAGCUGGGCAUUGAGGUCUCUGAGCUGAAGCGUGACUUGGACCUGGUCAAGCAGGAACUCCAGCAUGCCGAGGAGCGCGUCGAAGACUACAAGGCUAUCAGUCAGCAGAGCGAGGAACGCCUGCAGUCUAUGACGGAGACUCAGGAACAGUACCGGGAGGAAACAGACAGUCUCAUUGAAGAGAAAGACAAGAAGAUUCAGGAUCUUGAACAGCGGAUUGAAGAGAUCUCGUCCGAACUUUCCACAACGAACAGCGAACUUACCAAGCUGCGUGACGAACACGGGGAGGCUGGCCGACGCCUGGAGGAACAGAAGGCCACAUUGGACGCAGAAAUGACCAGAUUAAAGGAUGAGAAUGAACGCCAAAUUGCUGCCUCCCAGUUCCACCAGGAGGAUCUCAAGGCACAGGCCGAAAUUGCCCAGCACGCCCAACAGAACUACGAAAGUGAAUUGGUCAAGCAUGCCGAGGCCGCGAAGAACCUGCAACUGGUCCGUUCCGAGGCCAAUCAGUUGAAGCUGGAAGUGGUCGAACUACGGACGCAAGCAGACACUUACAAGAAGGACCUUUCUCAGAAGGAGGAAAGUUGGAACGAGCUGAAGGAGAGAUACGAGGGCGAGCUCGGCGAACUGCAGAAACGCCGCGAAGAGGUUCUGCACCAGAACUCGUUGCUUCACACCCAACUGGAGAACAUUUCCAAUCAGAUCUCGGCCCUCCAGCGCGACCGAGCCAACAUUCCCGAGGGUGAUGAGGAUGGAGAAACGGGCGCUCCUAAUCUGGAAGGCCUCCAGGAGGUGAUCAAGUUCCUGCGUCGCGAGAAGGAGAUUGUUGACGUGCAGUACCAUCUGUCGACCCAGGAAAGCAAGCGUCUUCGUCAACAACUUGAAUACACUCAGACUCAGCUUGAUGAGGCGCGGCUUAAGCUCGAGCAGCAGCGCCGGGCGGCUGCAGACAGUGAACAUAGCGCUUUGAACCACAACAAAUUGAUGGAUACUCUGAACGAACUGAACCUGUUCCGCGAGAGCAGCGUCACGCUGCGCAACCAGGUCAAGCAAGCAGAAACCUCGCUGGCAGAAAAGUCUUCCCGCAUCGAUAAACUUGUUGAACAAAUACAGCCACUGGAAACGAGAAUCAGGGAGCUAGAGAAUGUGGUGGAGACGAAGGACGGCGAGCUGAAACUGCUGCAGGAUGACCGGGACCGGUGGCAACAACGCACGCAGAAUAUUCUGCAGAAGUAUGAUCGUGUAGACCCGGCGGAAAUGGAAGGUCUGAAGGAGAACCUUGCCACGCUGGAAAAGGAACGCGACGAGGCUAUCGCGGCUCGCGACACUCUACAGGUCCAGGCUGCUGCAUUCCCCGAACAGCUGAAGCACGCGGAGGAUCGGGUGCAAGAACUGCGCACGAAACUCACUGACCAGUUCAAGGCGCGGUCCAAAGAGCUGACCGGUCGUAUCAAUGCCAAGCAGGUGGAGCUCAACACGGUCAUUCAGGAGAAGGAGGUUAUCCAGGAAGAGCUGAAGACGACCCGGGAGGAGUUGAACGAUUUGAAGGCGAAGAUGGCCGAGAAGCCGGCAGCACCUGCACCGGUCGUUGAAGCAACCACGGGAGUCGAUUCGACUCCUGCAUCCCAGUUCCCUGCGCCAACGACGCAGCUGCCGGUCGCUGCUGACGACCAGCGCGUCAAGGCUCUGGAGGAGAAGGUGCACCGUCUUGAGGCAGCACUUGCCGAAAAGGACGCGGUUCUGGCUUCCAAGGAUGCUGAGCACGAGACGAAGCUCAAGGAACGGUCGGACAGGAUGAAGGAGAUGUUCAACAACAAGCUGGCGGAGGUCCGAGCUACUCACCGACAGGAAAUGGAGCGGAUUAAAUCUAGUCAGCAGGCCGCUCCACAGGAGCCCGGAACCCCUGCUCCCAAGACCGAACAGGUCCCUGCGACACCGGCAACUCCUGCGGCUCCCGCCACGCCUUCCAAGGAAGUUGGCCUCCCUGAGCUGACGGACGCCCAAGCCCGGGAGCUUGUUGCCAAGAACGAAACGAUUCGCAAUAUCAUUCGGAGCAACAUCCGCACCCAGGUGGCUAAGCAGAAGGAAUCCGACAAACAAGAGACGCAAGCGAGCCAGGAGGCCAUUGUGGUGUUGGAGCAGAAAUUCAACGUGGAGCGAGAAGCGCUGAAGAAGGCCCACGACGAGGGUAUGGACGAGAAGAUUAAGGCGGCCGUCGAGUUGUCAGAUAAAAAAUCGCUGGCCAAGCUGAGUAUGCUGGACACCCGAUACAGGACCGCGCAGGCCAAGAUCGACGUGGUCCAGAAAGCUGCUACGGAAACGCCGCAGAAGCCCGUGGUCGAGGUGUGGGAGGUGGCCAAGGUCACCAGGGCUCCUCCAGCUGCGCAAGCCAAGCCUGUGGUGGCCUCCCCGGCGCCAGCCCCGUCCCCUGUGGCCAAUGCAUCCCAACCCGUCCAGCAUGCCCCGGCUGUGCCCUCGCCAUCACCCGCUUCGGCAGCUACUCCUGCGGCUACUCCGGCAGCUACCCCGGCAGCUGCAACCCAGGCCCAAGUCCCUGCCGAGCCUGCUGCAGGAACCACGGCCGAAUCGCCUGCCACUGAAGUGGAGGACGCCACAGCGCUGCAGCAACCUCCGGCCGAGCAGCCAGCAACCAAUGGUCCCCCGAACCCAUUUGGUCAGAGUCAAAACAAGCAGCCCGCGUCGUUGCCUAACAAGCCUCCGGCCGGCACUGCUCCUGCGGUCUUGCGAGCGCUCUCAUCCGGACUGCCAGUCGCUAGAGGUGGUAGGACCGGCGGCCGCGGUGGUUCUCAACAGCAGAAUCCUUUCGGCCAGCAACAACCGCAACAGCAGGCGCAAGGACAGAGCCAACAAGCACAGGCACAGCAGGCUCCAAGCCAGCGCGGCUCCGGUCUGCCCCGGGGCCGUGGAGGACGAGGAGGCCACGGCCGUGGCGGCAAUCAGAAUGUGCAGGCCAAUGCACCGCAGCAAGGGCAGGCUAGUCCAGGCCGUAAUCUGAAUGCACAUGCUCGUCAGUUUGUUCCUCAGGGCAACAAGCGUGCUCGCGAGGAUGGAGGAGAAGCUGGAGGCGAGGGUGGAGCGGGUGGAAAGCGGAUGAGGGGAGGUGGCCAUGCCCGGGGUUCUUAGAUAUCGUGAAAGCGGGUGAUUUAUGUACUGUAUGCUAAAUGUGUGCUGGAAUGGGGUUUGUGAAUGUCUAACCAUCGUCAAGGGAUCUUUAUAUUUCUUUUGUUUUAUUGUGUAUCUUGUAAGGAGCUUAGAUGUUUAGGGUACUGUCAAAUGUACAGAACCUGUAGUGAUAAUAUCAUAUUGAUGGGUAUAGAGCAGGAAACACAUGUAUCAACCAUAACAACCGCUCCCUUUCCAUGGAUAUCCCCUCCACUAACCUAAUCUUCAAUCCCCAUCUCCCCAACUCAACCCUCAUAUCAAAACAUAAUAUCCGAUCUACCUCCUCCUCCCACCAAUCAACCUCACCAACGCCUCCCUCUCCUUCUGCAACACCAUCAACCUCGCAUCCUCAAUCACCCUCCCCUCCAGCCCCCCAUUCCCAGUAUUCGCAUUCGCCCCAACAUUCAAACUCGAC